UAGUUCCCUCCACCUCCCUCUCCACACACUCGCCUUCUCGUGAAAGAGAGAGAAAGGAAGCUACAGAGAGAGAGAGAGAGAGAGAGGAGAGAGAAAGGGAGCUCCAUCAAUGGCGGCCCUCAGCAUUUGGCUUCUGCUUCUCCUUCUGCAAUUUCUCAUGGCAAUCGCCUCGGGAAGCGGCGGGGUUCCGGGCCUGAACCCUCUCUCUGCGAAGGCCUCCGUUCUCCGUUACUGGAACGUGCACAUACCCAACACGCCGAAACCGGCGUUUCUGAUGGAGAAGGCCUCCCCUCUCGACGCCCUCCACUCGUCUGUUCUCCGGCGCUACGCCGAGCAGAGCUCGCUCGCCUUGCAUCUCCCCACAUUGUGCGACGCCGCGCACCUUUUCUGCUUCCCGGACCCCUCCCCCAGCCUUGAGAAGCACGAGUCUAAUGUCGAUUUCACCUCCUACUCUGGCCGUAACUUCUCAAACUACCGGUCCGGCUCCACUGGCGGAAUCGACUCGUUCAAGAAGUAUUCCGAGAACGCGAACGUCGCCGCCAAUUCCUUCACGCGGUACAGCCGCGACUCGUCCCGCCACGAUGAUUCGUUUUCGUCCUAUGUGCCGGACGUGAACGUCGGCGACAGCGAGUUCUUGAGCUACGGCGUCGCUGCCUCCGGCGGCUCUGGCCAGUUCAGCAGCUACGCGGACAACAUCAACGUUCCGGGCCUCAGGUUCUCCACGUACGAGACGGACGCGGCCGGCCGGAAUCGGGACUUCCGGGCCUACUCCUUCCAGGGGAACGCCGGAGACCAAUCCUUCGUCAGUUACGGCAGGAAAGGCAAGGGCGUCCCAUCUGGGUUCGUCAACUACGGCGAGGGCGGCAAUGUCAUCGGCUCGACGUUCAGCAACUACGGUGAGGAUGGCGUUCGUGCCAAUGAUUCCUUCACCAACUACGGGCUGAACGGAAACGGGCCAGAGGACAACUUCAGAACCUACGGCACCGGCGGCAACGACGGCAUUGAUACGUUUACUAAUUACAGGGACUCCGCCAAUGUUGGUGAUGACUCCUUCACUUCCUAUGGCAAGCUCGGCAUCUCCCCCAAGCUGAAUUUCAUCAACUAUGGUCAAUCGGCCAAUGUGGGCACUGACAAGUUCAAGAGCUAUGGUGAAGGUGCUUUUAAGCCCCAAGUUGGUUUCAAAACUUAUGGGAUCAACAACACGUUUGGGAACUACGGUGACAAGAAGAGCGUCACCUUCUCUGCCUACACCUCUCCAAGCACCGCCUCUAAUCUUUCCAGCACCAAGUGGGCUGUUGAGCCAGGGAAAUUCUUCAGGGAGAAGAUGAUGAAAGCCGGGACCGUGAUGCCAAUGCCGGACCUCCGGGACCGGAUGCCGCCGAGAUCAUUCCUGCCGCGGUCGAUCGCCGAGAGGCUGCCCUUCUCGAGCUCGAAACUCGGGGAGCUGAAGAAGGUGUUCCACGCCAGAGAGAAUUCCAGCAUGGAACGGCUGAUGAAGAAUACCCUGGCAGAGUGCGAGAGGGAGCCCAGCAAGGGGGAGACAAAGAGGUGCGUGACUUCGAUCGAGGACAUGAUCGAUUUUGCGACGUCUAUGCUCGGAAGGGACGUGCAAUUGAGGUCCACUGAGUCAACAAUGGGGUGGGGGAAGAAUGUGGAGAUUGGGGAGGUGAAGGGGCUAGAUGGUGGGAGGAUUACCAGGUCUGUUUCUUGCCACCAGAGCAUGUUCCCUUACUUAGUCUAUUACUGUCACUCAGUGCCCAUUGUGAGGGUCUACGAGGCUGACAUCCUGGACGUCAAGAGCAAGAAGAAGAUCAACCAUGGAGUGGCAAUCUGUCACCUGGACACCAGUGCAUGGGGGCCUGGCAAUGGAGCCUUCGUUGCAUUGGGCUCAAAGCCAGGGGAAAUUGAGGUGUGCCAUUGGAUCUUUGAGAACGAUAUGAUUUGGGUGAGAGCUGGUUGAGUCCCAUUGGUAGGACCCGACUGGGAAGAAAGGGGUGGGUGUAGAUGUCCUUGUGCUAUCUAUUCUAUUGGGUAACUCUGCUUUAUGCCUUUCUCUGAUUGGCCUUUGGGGAGAAGGGUGGGGGCCAGGAGAAGGGGAGAAAGCUGUUGUAGAACAGUAGAAGAUUGAUGAAGAUGAUGAUGAUGUUACCUGCUCCAAAGGGAGUAGUCCAGUUUAGAAAUGCAGAUCGUUAGCAAUAACAAGAAUGGUCAUGGCCUUUUUCA